CCCAGCAGGCGGCGCUGCAGGUAGAGAGACAGCUGUGCGCCGCUGACGCUCUGCGCUGCCGGCCGGUCCGGCUUUGCUCCGCCGCGUGCCGCCCCGCCGGGGCCAGAGAGCCGGUGCCCGCGGCCGCGCAGCGCCCUGCCCGCCGCCGCCAUGGUGAAGGAGCAGUUCCGGGAGAGCGAUGUGGCCAAGAAGAUAAGCCACAUCUGUUUUGGCAUGAAAUCUCCAGAAGAGAUGCGUCAGCAAGCUCACAUACAAGUGGUUAGCAAAAACUUGUAUAGUCAGGACAACCACCACUCUCCGCUGCAGUACGGAGUACUUGACCAUCGCAUGGGAACCAGUGAAAAAGACCGUCCCUGUGAAACCUGUGGAAAAAAUCUAGCUGAUUGUUUAGGACAUUAUGGGUACAUUGACUUAGAACUGCCAUGUUUUCAUGUUGGAUACUUCAAAGCUGUGAUAGGUAUCUUACAGAUGAUUUGCAAAACCUGUUGCCGUAUCAUGCUGUCAGUGGAAGAAAAGAAACAGUUUUUGGAUUACCUAAAGCGACCUGGCCUUACAUAUCUUCAGAAGAGAGGACUGAAAAAGAAAGUGUCUGAGAAGUGCCGGAAGAAGAACACUUGUCCUUACUGUGGUGCCUUUAAUGGUACUGUGAAGAAGUGUGGUUUGUUGAAAAUAAUACAUGAAAAGUACAAGACCAAUAAGAAAGUCGUAGAUCCAGUAGUAUCUACUUUUCUACAGUCCUUUGAAACUGCCAUUGAACAUAAUAAAGAAGUAGAACCCUUACUGGGAAGAGCUCAGGAAAACUUGAAUCCUUUGGUAGUGUUGAACCUCUUUAAAAGAAUCCCAGCAGAAGACAUCCCUCUACUUCUAAUGAACCCAGAAGCUGGUAAACCUUCAGAUUUGAUCCUCACAAGACUCUUAGUGCCUCCACUGUGUAUCAGACCCUCUGUCGUGAGUGACUUGAAGUCUGGCACCAAUGAAGAUGACUUGACAAUGAAACUAACUGAGAUAAUUUUUCUCAAUGAUGUAAUAAAAAAGCAUAGGAUAUCAGGAGCCAAAACACAGAUGAUUAUGGAAGACUGGGAUUUUCUUCAACUGCAGUGUGCCCUGUACAUUAAUAGUGAGCUCUCAGGAAUUCCUCUCAACAUGGCACCUAAAAAAUGGACCAGAGGUUUUGUUCAGAGACUUAAGGGAAAGCAAGGUCGGUUUAGAGGCAAUCUGUCUGGAAAGCGAGUGGAUUUCUCUGGCAGAACAGUCAUUUCACCUGACCCUAACUUAAGAAUAGAUGAAGUAGCUGUGCCUAUUCAUGUUGCUAAAAUACUAACCUUUCCUGAAAAGGUGAACAAAGCAAAUAUUAAUUUUAUGAGGAAACUUGUCUGUAAUGGUCCUGAUGUUCAUCCUGGAGCCAACUUUAUACAGCAAAGGCACACACAAAUGAAAAGAUUUUUGAAAUAUGGAAACCGAGAAAAGAUGGCCCAGGAACUGAAGUUUGGUGAUAUCGUGGAGCGACAUCUUAUAGAUGGUGACAUAGUUCUGUUUAACAGACAACCCUCUCUUCAUAAGCUGAGCAUCAUGGCUCACAUUGCUAGAGUAAAACCUCAUAGGACAUUCAGAUUUAAUGAAUGUGUCUGUACCCCAUACAAUGCAGACUUCGAUGGAGAUGAGAUGAACCUUCAUCUUCCUCAGACAGAAGAAGCAAAAGCAGAAGCACUUGUUUUAAUGGGGACUAAAGCAAACUUGGUAACACCAAGAAAUGGAGAACCUCUUAUAGCUGCUAUUCAAGAUUUCCUCACAGGUGCCUAUCUUCUUACAUUAAAAGAUACCUUUUUUGAUCGAGCCAAAGCCUGCCAAAUUAUUGCUUCUAUCCUGGUUGGCAAGGAUGAAAAGAUUAAAGUUCGGCUUCCACCUCCAGCAAUUCUGAAGCCUGUAACACUCUGGACAGGAAAACAGGUAUUCAGCCUCAUUCUCAAGCCCAGUGAUGAUUGUCCUGUAAAAGCUAAUCUACGAACCAAGGGCAAACAGUAUUGUGGCAGAGGGGAAGACCUGUGUUACAAUGAUUCUUAUGUCACAAUUCAAAACAGUGAGUUAAUGAGUGGUAGUAUGGACAAAGGAACUUUGGGUUCAGGAUCCAAGAACAACAUCUUCUACAUCUUGCUGAGAGACUGGGGGCAGGUAGAAGCUGCAGAUGCCAUGUCACGACUAGCCAGACUUGCUCCUGUCUAUCUUUCUAAUCGUGGCUUUUCAAUUGGAAUUGGUGAUGUAACCCCUGGGCAGGGCCUGCUAAAAGCUAAGUAUGAGCUCCUGAAUGCUGGCUAUAAGAAAUGUGAUGAGUAUAUUGAAGCUCUGAACACUGGCAAGCUACAGCAGCAGCCUGGUUGUACUGCAGAAGAAACACUAGAGGCCUUAAUCCUCAAAGAACUGUCUGUUAUCAGAGAUCAUGCUGGCAGUGCCUGUCUCAGAGAACUGGACAAGAGCAACAGUCCCCUUAUCAUGGCGCUCUGUGGUUCUAAAGGCUCCUUCAUUAAUAUAUCCCAGAUGAUUGCUUGUGUAGGUCAGCAGGCUAUCAGUGGGUCCCGAGUUCCUGAUGGGUUUGAGAACAGAUCCUUGCCUCACUUUGAGAAGCAUUCUAAGCUUCCAGCAGCAAAAGGCUUUGUUGCUAACAGCUUCUAUUCUGGGUUGACUCCCACUGAAUUUUUUUUUCAUACAAUGGCUGGUCGAGAAGGUCUGGUUGACACAGCUGUAAAAACAGCCGAAACUGGAUAUAUGCAGAGGCGGCUGGUAAAAUCCCUUGAAGAUCUUUGCUCACAGUAUGAUUUGACAGUCAGAAGUUCUACUGGUGACAUUAUACAGUUUAUUUAUGGAGGAGAUGGCUUGGAUCCUGCAGCCAUGGAAGGGAAGGAUGAACCUCUGGAAUUCAAGCGAGUUCUAGACAAUAUCAGGGCUGUAUAUCCAUGCCAUAGUGAACCAGCCCUUAGUAAAAAUGAAUUGGUGUUAACAUCCGAGGCCAUCAUGAAGAAGAAUGAAUUUAUUUGCUGCCGAGACAGUUUUCUGCAGACAUUAACUGAGACAGGUUAUGAAAAAUAUAAUGAGGAAAUCAAAAAAUUCAUCAAAGGUGUUUCUGAGAAGAUAAAAAAAACUAGGGACAAGUAUGGCAUUAAUGACAAUGGCACAACAGAGCCACGAGUUUUGUAUCAGUUGGAUAGGAUUACUCCAACACAACUAGAGAAGUUUCUGGAGACUUGUAGAGACAAAUACAUGAGGGCACAGAUGGAGCCUGGUUCUGCAGUAGGAGCUCUUUGUGCACAGAGUAUUGGUGAGCCUGGCACACAGAUGACUCUGAAGACUUUCCAUUUUGCUGGUGUUGCUUCAAUGAACAUUACUUUGGGUGUCCCAAGAAUCAAAGAAAUCAUUAAUGCUUCCAAGGCUAUUAGCACCCCUAUUAUAACAGCACAGUUGGACAAAGAUGAUGAUCCUGAUUUUGCCCGUCUAGUUAAAGGAAGAAUUGAGAAAACUUUAUUAGGAGAGAUUUCAGAAUAUAUUGAGGAAGUGUUUCUUCCAGAUGAUUGUUUCAUCCUUGUGAAGCUGUCUUUAGAGCGCAUUAGACUACUGAGAUUAGAGGUGAAUGCAGAGACUGUGCGCUACUCUAUCUGCAUAUCUAAACUCAGAGUAAAGCCUGGGGAUGUUGCUGUCCAUGGAGAAGCAGUUGUAUGUGUGACCCCUCGUGAAAAUAGCAAGAGUUCAAUGUAUUAUGUAUUACAGUCCCUGAAGGAAGAACUACCAAAGGUUGUAGUGCAAGGCAUACCAGAGGUUUCCCGAGCUGUCAUUCAUAUUGAUGAACAAAGUGGAAAGGAAAAAUAUAAACUUCUAGUUGAAGGUGAUAAUCUGCGGGCUGUUAUGGCUACUCAUGGAGUGAAAGGAACAAAAACGUCUUCUAACAACACUUAUGAGGUAGAGAAGACACUAGGAAUUGAAGCUGCUCGGACAACCAUUAUCAAUGAGAUUCAGUAUACAAUGGUGAACCAUGGUAUGAGCAUUGACAGGAGACAUGUUAUGUUGCUGUCUGAUCUAAUGACUUACAAGGGUGAAGUGCUGGGUAUUACUAGGUUUGGACUGGCAAAAAUGAAGGAAAGUGUGUUGAUGCUGGCUUCUUUUGAGAAGACUGCAGACCAUCUGUUUGAUGCUGCCUACUUUGGACAGAAGGACUCUGUUUGUGGUGUUUCUGAGUGCAUCAUCAUGGGAAUUCCAAUGAAUAUUGGAACGGGACUUUUUAAGCUGUUGCACAAAGCAGACAAGGAAUCAACCCCUGCCAGGAGGCCACUGAUAUUUGAUAACAGUGAUUUUCAUAUUCCCAUUGUUACAUAGCACUUGGACAUAAUAGAAGAUAGCAAAACAAGAAAUAGUCAGAAAACAUAAAUUAAGAAAUGUGUAUUAUCAGUUCUGUGUGUCUCUAACUGUGAAUUGGUAAGUGAAACACUCUCAAAAGAACAGCCCAGUUUACCACUUGUUAGUACAGACCCUGAAAGGUGAAGCUUCUGUGCACCAGAGAGUGGAAAUAAAUUUAAAGUGGAUUUCGACUGAUGAAAUUCUUUCAUGUGCUAGAAUUAGAUCUUUGUGUUAAUGUUAAUGGGUGGAAAUUGGUUUUGACUCAGUAUUAGAUAUGUGUAUUCAGAGUUGGUUAAAAAAAAAACCCAAACAACCAAAAAUGAAAUAGCAAGACUGUUGAGUGAGCUUGCACAGAGUGCAGUGUGGAAAUGGCCUGUAACAGGAGCUGCAGAGGUCAAUCUGAGGCUGUUAGAAACUUCAGAAAGCUGAACUGAGAGUCUGAUUAAUUCAUACUGAGUUAAACUUCAGGAGUGAGGUUGAAAGUGUUGGAAAUACUUGUUCUCUGAUUGUGUUUUUGGGGUUUUUUAAUUGUUUUUUCUUUUAUCCCAAGUUUUUAUCCAGUAAAUGGUCUUCUUCCCCAGAAAUUCUGCUUUGAGACCUACCUGCAAGAAGCUGCAGAUUGUAAAGCUGCUACUAAACUCUGAGAAGACUGUUACAAGAACAUUGCAAAUAAUAAAUAGCUUUUCAUAUUAUAGCAGCUGUUAAACUGCUGGAAUCUGUCAUUUACAGCAGUCAGUUUUGGGAGAGUUUUACAAUUAAGCGGGAUCAGCUGAACAACAAGGUUUUACUUUAAUAUAUAAAGUAGAAAUAGAAAGAGAAGCUGUUUGCAUACAGUGCCAUGAAAUAAUUUCAAAUUAUUUUAAUCUGUAGCCUACUAGAGCAGUUUUCAGAAUAAAUACAGAUCUUAAAUUAUUUCAAUAUAGUGUGUUUAAAUAUACUGUGGUGCUGUAGAGGGAAAGUAUCUUAGUGUUUUCUUCUCAGCACUAUUUAGAUAUUUAGUGUGUUCAUAACAUAGGUCAAGGUUAGAGAGAAACAAAACACAGAGAGUGAAAAGCUGAAGUAGUGCACUCAGGUAGUAAAAGCAGGCUGCUGAGUACUCUAGCAUGUGAAAAUGAACAAGUUUGUGCUGCCAUUUGUCUUUAUGUAGCAACCAAAAGAAAAGUGCAAGGCUACAUUCAGAGAAUGUAAUCUGUUCUUUUAAGUCUUAAGGUGCCACUGUGUUUAUUUUCUAACUCUUCCUUCAUGCACAGAAGAUCUAAUGUGAAGUUCAGCAUAGCUAUUCUCAAAUUAUUUCGUAUUUUCAAUGAGAUGUUAAGAUAUCCUUCUGCCUAGAUUUUGGCAGGGUAAUGACUGAGAAUGUAAUGCAUUUAGCAUCUGCUCUAAAAGCCAUAGAUAUUUUGUUAUCUCCUUUUUAACAAUAGAAAUUUCAGCAUAUAUUGAUUUUUAAUUUUUUUUUUUUUUUUUGGUGAUCUCAGUGAGAUUGCCAUUUACUGAUUUGUCUGUAUAGAGGUCUAGCUCUUCUGAAAUGGGUUGAGUUUGUACUGAAAUGAGUAACCACCUCUUUUUUCCUUUUUUUUUUUUUUUUUUUUUUAAAUACAGUGAAGCUAUUUAAAUGGUGGGUUUACUCUCUUGUAUGUGCUAAAAGUAUUCAGUAAAUUACAUCUGUUAUCAGUAUCUUGAAUAUGACAAUAAAAAGAGGCAAAGAUAAAAAAA